UCUCCGCCGCGUGCGUCGCGUUCGUCCGGAAAGGCUUCGCGGGGUGUGCGAAACGGCAUCUCCGCUGCCCAGUAGGCGGGGAGAGCCCGUAGGAUGUCCCCAAAAUCAUGGAGCGGCUAACAUUUCAGCCCGGGGCCGCCGCCGCCAUAGACGACUAUUUGGAAUAUAAAAGAAUUGUAGGAGAAGAUGAUGGUGGGAAACUGUUUACUCCUGAAGAAUAUGAACAAUACAAGAAACAAGUGUUACCAAUUCGGUUGCAGAAUAGAUUGUAUGUGAGCUGGAGAUCACCAACUGGCAUGGACUGUAAACUCGUGGGUCCAGAAACACUCUGUUUUUGUUCUCACAGAUAUAAACAACACAAAACAGACUUUGAAGUGAUUCCAAAAGAACGUCCCAUUUCUGUACCUUGUAGAGUGAGCCGAUGCCCAUGCAAAUCUUACAAUUUUGUUCCUCUUAAUGGUACCCAGCCCAUCCGCUGUAGAUGUAAGCACUUUGCAGAUCAGCAUAGUCCAGCAACUGGGUUUUUAUGCAACAUGUGUUCCAAGUGUGCAGGGUUUCACAGUUGCUUUACUUGUGGAUGUGGCCAGCCAGCAUAUUCUCAUGAAACAAUAGUGGAAACCAAAGAAGAACGUUUAGCCCAAGGAAAGCCAGUCGGGCAAGAUGUCCCUUAUGCUGCAAUGGGGGGACUAACAGGUUUUAGUUCCCUAGCAGAAGGCUACAUGAGACUUGAUGAUAGUGGAAUAGGAGCACCUUCCACUCAAUUCUUAGAAGCUCCUGUGACCAAUAUGGAUCAUCCAUUUUUAAAAGCAUUCCAAGGUCCUUCCAGUUCCAUGCAGGCACGCACCCAGUUAACAGAUGGAGGUACAAGUACAGCAAUGCAGGCUUCCAGUUUAAGGAGACCUGAAGAAGAUGACAUGGCUUACUUUGAAAGACAGUAUCAGUCACGGUUGAAACAAGAGAAGGCAAGAGAACCAAAAGGAAAAGGUUCUAUAACAACAAAGACUCAAGAUCACCAAUAAUACAAAAUAUGUAUUUUAUUGUCAUUUAUCAGCAUAUCCCUAUAUUUCUCUAUCUUUGUGUAUAUUAUGUCUGAACCUUGGCAACUUUAAGAU